GGGAUUUUCUAGCCGCAGCAUCCAAACAGAGAGGUCUCCUGCUACUCCUUAUCCACAAUCCCUCCCUCUUACUGUUGACAAGCCAAGACCAAGCUCCUGCUAUUUCCUCCAAGUCCCCAAAACCUCUGCCUAAAACUUUAUCUCUGAUGGCAGCUCCAUUCUCUUCACCAACAACGCCACCGCCACUGAGGUCCAUCUUUCAACCCAACCCAAACCCACCCAAAGCCCUCCUCUCCCUCACAGGUUCAUUUCAUAGAGGAGGGCCCCACUGCGCCAAGGUUGGUUACAACAGUAUUGGUGCUACUAGCGUGUCUUUGUGGAGCUCUUCUGCUAACUACUCCAGUCUCCGUAACGGCUCCACCAAACUCUCCGGCAAGCCCGUUUCUGUAAAGCGGUUGCUGCAAAACAGAAGAGGAGUGGUGAGGAAUGCUACUAUUGAAGAAAUCGAAGCGGAGAAAUCUUUGAUUGAGGAUGAUGCUAAAGGAAGGAUGGAAAAGACUAUUGAUACCAUGAGAGCCAAUUUUAAUUCUGUGAGGACAGGCAGAGCAAAUCCAUCGAUGCUAGAUAAGAUUGAGGUGGAGUAUUAUGGAACUCCAGUCAGCUUGAAGAGCAUAGCUCAAAUCAGUACUCCUGAUGCAAGUUCUCUCUUGGUCCAGCCAUAUGACAAAUCCAGCUUAAAGGCUAUUGAGAAGGCCAUUGUCAGCUCUGAUCUAGGUUUGACUCCAAACAAUGAUGGAGAAGUGAUAAGGAUGUCUAUUCCUCAAUUGACAUCUGAAAGAAGGAAGGAGCUAUCAAAGAUGGUGGCCAAAUUAGCUGAAGAAGGAAAGGUGGCGUUGAGGAAUAUUAGAAGAGAUGCAUUGAAAGCAUAUGAGAAACUCGAGAAGGAAAAAAAGCUCUCAGAAGACAAUGUGAAGGAUUUGUCAAGUGAUUUGCAGAAACUUACAGAUGAGUAUAUGAAGAAAUUAGAUAACAUUUUCAAACAAAAAGAAAAGGAGUUGCUGAAGGUUUAACAACACAUUAUGCGUAUGUAUGAGCUUCCAGUCCAAGGCUCUUCUUUGAGAUGAAUCUAUGAUGAACCGUCCAUACCUCUCCGAAAAGGUAGUUGUGAAGAGUAAAUAGAAUUUGGUCGAUGUUUUCUUCGGAAAUGAAGGAUGAACGGCUGGCCGUGUGAGUUUUUGUUAGACAUCUGUACAGCACUGUUCAAACUUAUCUUUGAGGCUCUGUUUGUACAAGAUAGGAGUUCGGUAACUAUAAGAAAUCACCACUUUGUCGUUGA